AGAGUAAACAGGUAGAGAAAUUACGAGACAGUUAUAUAUAGCAAUUGGAUUUACGAAUUACGAUUCGACUGACUUCAUCUGAAUUAGGCCGCGAAAACGUUCUAUUGUCUCGCGUCACCCUCGAGUCCCUUGACGCGAAAACUAAGAGCGAAAUGGCGCUCCGAAAGAUCAAGGCUCGUCAGAUAUUCGAUUGCAAAGGCGAACCGACUUUGGAAGUUGACGUAGUCACCGAUAUCGGUCUAUUCAGAUCGUCGGUACCUUCCACCGUUUUCACUAAUCCAAAUCAAGCGCGAGAAAUCAGAGACGAGAAUGCAGCGGCCUAUGGCGGUCGCUCGGUAUUCAAAGCCAUCGAUAUCGUCAAUAAUGUGAUUGCUCCGCAGCUGGUAAAAUCAAAACUCGAAGUUUCCCAGCAAGUGGAGAUAGACGGAUUGCUGAAUAAAUUGGAUGGCACGGAGAAUAAAUCGAGGCUCGGCGUCAAUUCCAUUCUCGGUGUCUCCGUAGCCUGCUGCAAAGCCGGAGCCGCUAAGAGGGGUCUCCCAGUUUACAGAUAUAUCGUCGAGUUGGCUGAAAACAGUCAAUUAUACGUGCCGGUACCGAGCUUCAGUGUAAUCAAUGGAGGACGAUAUGCUGGCAAUAAUUUAACGUGUCAGGACUUUGCGAUAUUGCCAAUAGGUGCCGAGAGUUUUGCCGACGCCGUGAAAAUGAGCACCGAAGUAUAUCGAGAGUUGGAGAGAAAAAUUGUCGACGCUCAAAGGAUACGAGGCCCGCUUCCCGUUAGCGUUAAAGGAGCCUUUGUCCCCGACUUGGACAGUGACAGAGACGCCCUGACUCUCUUGGACGCGUCCAUCAGAGAUACCGGCUACGAAGACAAAAUUAAGAUAACGCUGGAUAUGGCAGCGAGCGCAUUUUACAAAGAAGGAGGAUACGACCUAGCAUUCAAGACGGAGGAGUCCGAUCCUGCCGACUACCUGGAAGCCGAGGCUUUGCGCGACGAGUACCUCAAGUACCUCUCAGAAUUCCCAGCGAUAGUCUCGAUCAAAGAUCCCUUCGAUCAAGAAGACUGGGAAGGUUGGUUGACAAUCGCCAAUCAAGGUAUUCAAGUAGUCAGCGACGAUCUCACCGCUAUGAAUGUCGAAAGAAUCGAAGAGGCAAUCGACAGAAAUGUAGCCAAUUGUCUCGUGCUGCGAAUGUCGCAAAUCGGCACUGUAACAGAGGUGAUCAAUUGCGCGAGAAUGGCGAGGAUCAACGAUUGGGGCUACAUCGUAAACGCGAGCUGUGGCGAAACGGAGGAUAAUUUUGUCGCCGAUCUGGCGGUCGGACUUUCCGCCGGGCAAUUUAAAGCCGGAGCACCUUGCAGGAGCGAGAGAAUGGCCAAGUAUAAUCAAAUACUGAGAAUCGAGGAGGAACUCGGCAGAGAUGCUAGAUACGCCGGGCCAAAGUAUCGAAAUCCUCUUGCAAAGUAACUGAACGGUUACUCAAACGUACGUAAACGUAAAAGCUGACAG